CUUCUCAACGGGACGUUCUCCCUCAAAAGCACUACUCAAUAGUAGCAAGCAAUAAAACGAAAAAUUGCGAGUUGCUUUUAGAGUUUAAGUGGGAUGAGGUGGAUUUAAAAGUUCUACUAGUGCGCGCCCUUAAACUAAAAUUUUGUUUCGACGAAUUUACUGUAAAAAAAAAUUUAAACGAUAAAAACAGCGUUAACUCGUCUGAUGAACUAUAUGCAACUCGGAGUUUUUGGCUGGAAUUAUCAAUAUACAAUGACUUUAAUAAGAGAACGAUUGUUUCCACUGUAAGCAGUUGUUACGGAAAAAAGGAUCCAUCCAUUGAUAGUAGGAAAGUUCUUUACAAGGCAAGUUGGGAAGACACUUUUUUGAUCGACUUUACUAAAUUUUAUGAAAACAACCAUUUUCUGUUUCUUGGAGAUUUGCCGCCUAUUCGCAAUUUAAAAAAUCAGUUUUCCACAAUAAGAAAAAAGGAAAGAUUUUUUAAGAGGGACAAAGCGCUCCCAUAUGAGAGUUCCUCAAUGCGCCUGCUUUUUUUACUGCAUUGUGACGAGGUUCCCCUUCCUCUGGGACAAAUAGUUAUACCUGUCCGCUCUUUAUUACACUUUGGCCCAGCUCCUCAGUGGUACUUAUUUGCGCUUCCAACUGAAAGUUUUACUGGAAGGGAAUCGGAAUCACGACCGAGGCGCAAUCUGCCGGUUUGUUGCGGGUCUUUCGAAGGGGGGAAAGUCACUCGCAAGAUUUUUACUAUUAAUCAGCUGUUUUUAGGAAUUACAGCUAUUCAGCUAAUUUUUGUUGUCUCGUGCAUUUCGUUUUUGUUGUAUCGCUCCUCGCUAGAUCAGUUACAGUAUUCGGGAGAGCUUAUAGCUGUGCAGAUUGUGAAUGAAGAGCUGAAGGCUAUACAGCUUAGCUUAAAAACUAUCGAAAUAGAACUGAUGCUCACCGUUCCUGCGCUUGUCACUUAUUCUUCCAUGGACCCGGCGCGCUCUGUUAACGUUAUGGCCCACACUCUCUUGUCUGUGUUUAACAGAACUUUUUCCUACGGCCUUUCCUUAUAUACUGUGAGCCCUGACAACCGAGUUAUUCUUGUAACCUCUUUGCUGACGGAUCAGAACAUGAGCAAUUCCCACCAUUUUAAUAAAAAGAAGUUGGAGGAUUACUAUUACAGGGAAGAAUAUAUAGGCAACGAAGAAAAAGGCUCUAACUAUUUACUUGGCUUUGCUGAAAGUCCGACUCAAAAAAUGGAGUUUUAUAAACUCAAUCCCCAUUGCCCCACUCAAAACUGGGAUUGCUCUGUGAUACAGUCGUCUCCCAGUAGAGUUGCUUGGUAUACCAUCCCGGCUGAUAGUUUUAAGAACAACGUAAGUGUCUACAACCAAGGCACCGAUUACUCUUGGACUUCAGUAUACAAAAACACUUUUGACUCCCUCCUAACUAUUACGGCCUUUACGCGAAUCCCCCUUAAUAUAAAAGAGCCCUUAAAGUACUACUUAGCACUCAAUUUACCGAUUUUUUCCAUUGGCACUGUUCUAGAGCGCUAUUUCUCUUCUCCUCUGGGUUAUAUUUUUGUUUUUGAAUUGGACACCUUACGUUUGGUGGCCACCUCGUUGAAUUUCUCCGAUUUGCUUGCUCCGUCCGGAGAGCGUUACACUAUAUACAACAGCCCUUCAGAAGAUUUAAAUAUGAUUGGCCAUUUCAUUAACCGAACGGGUUUGCUGCAGUCGAAUUUUACUAAAGAAGAGACUUUUGAGUACGAAGGUAGCAUCGUUGCUGUUCAACCGGCGAGAUACACAGAUUUUAACUGGUGCAUUGUGGGUGUAAUCCCUGUAUCGUAUUUUUCAAGAUACUUUAAAAUUGUUUUGUUUGACACGCUCUUUGCUAGCCUGAAUAUAAUAAUCACUUGCCUUUUCUUCUGCAUGUUUGCCAGCUCCAGGGUCACCACUCCCCUCUACUAUUGUACUAAAAAACUGAAGUUUCUCGCGACAUUUAAUAUUAGUGUAGAGAUGGAAAAAAUAUUCGAGGACUCUUCUAUUAAAGAGAUUAGCAGGAUCUACGAGAGCCUCGGCUUGAUGCAUCGUACGUUGAGUUCUUUUUCAAAGUUUGUUCCUCUAAAUGUAGUUAGAAUGCUCGUUAGCUCCGGGAGUGAAGCAGAGCUUUUUUGUGAACCUAAAUACAUGACAUUUUUUUUCUCUGACAUUGCAGAUUUUACCAAGAUUUCCGAAAAGCUGGAUUUGGAUGAUCUCAUGCUAGUUUUGAGUGAGUAUCUGGAAGAAAUGUCUCGUAUUAUGGAGGACAACGAGGGGGUUAUAGACAAAUACAUUGGCGAUGCUAUUAUGGGACUUUGGAACGCUCCCGAUACUGUGGUGGACCAUCAAAUGAAGGCAUGCGAGGCUGCUCUUUUGUAUCAAGCUAGACUCAGCGUACUUAGAAAAGCUUGGAACGAGAAGGGGUUUCCCGACGUUCGAGCACGCAUAGGUCUUCACAGCGGUUAUGCCCUCGUAGGCAACUUUGGCAGUGAAACACGACUUAAUUAUACAGCUAUAGGAGAUGCUGUAACACUCGCGUCGGAUUUGGAAGGGCUAAAUAAAGACUACGGAACUAAUAUUAUGGUCUCUGAGACGACCUACUCGGCCGUUCGAGACUACUUUGUCUUUCGUCCAUUGGAUUUUAUUGAGGUCAAAGGCAGAGAGGAUCCCAUACGCGUUUACGAGCUUAUAGACCACAAAUUGACCGCCUCUCAAGCGCAAAUUGACGCGUCAAAACUCUUUUCGGAGGCUUUUGAAAAUUAUGCUCAAAAAGAAUUUUAUAAAGCAGCUGAAUUAUUUAAAAAAUAUUUAAAAACGGUUGAUGAAGUAGACAAAACCGCCCUUUUACACUUGGAAAGUUGUCGUUAUUUCAUCAAUAAUCCUGUUGACGAAAACUGGAAAGGCCUUCGGAAAACAUCUGUUUAAAAAAUAUU